CCUCGUCGCCAUGCCGUUCCUGGAGCAAGAGAACUACGCCCAGUUCAUCGAUUCGAUCGACACCUUCCUUUUGGAUUGCGACGGUGUCAUCUGGCACGGCACCCAUGUUCUCGACGGCAUCAGAGAGCUGCUUGCUCUCCUCCGAUCCAAGGGCAAGCGACUGCUCUUCGUCACCAACAACUCCACCAACUCGAGAAAGUCGUAUCUCAAAAAGUUCACCAAGCUCGGAAUCGAGGCCUCCGAGGACGAAAUCUUUGGGUCGGCCUACGCUGCCGCUUGCUACGUUUCGCAGAUCCUCAAGUUCCCCAAGGACAAGAAGGUCUAUGUCUGCGGCAUGAGCGGCAUCGCGGAGGAGCUGGCUUCCGAAGGCAUCAACUACUGCGGCGUCGAUGAGGAUAACGAUAACCUCAAGGAAAUGAGCGAGAUGGGCACCGUCAAGAACGAUCCCGACGUCGGCGCUGUGCUCUUUGGUUUUGAUCUGAACAUCAACUACAAGAAGCUGGCCAAGGCCUUCACCUAUCUGCACCACAACCCCGAGUGCCACUUCCUGGCCACCAACAGCGAUCUGACCUUCCCUGCUGGCGGAACGGUCUACCCUGGAACGGGCGCUUUGCUCUCGGCUCUCUCGGCCCCACUCCAGCGCAAGCCGACGGUGCUCGGCAAGCCCGAGAAGACUAUGCUGGAUGUGAUCGUGGCCAAAUACCACCUCGACCGAGACCGAACAUGCAUGGUCGGCGACAGAUUGGACACCGACAUCCUCUUUGGGCAGUCCGGCAAUCUCAAGACCCUCCUGGUCAUGACGGGAGUGACUUCUCACGACCAGCUCGAAAAGUCGGCCAUCCAACCUGACUAUUACAUCGAGAAGCUGGCCGAUCUGAACAACCACUGAAUGCGAUAUGACCGCGGCCAGUGGGACAUUUGCAGCCUCCUCCCCCGAUUCAAUAACGACUGCGUCUGCUGUGUGUUGGCCAUGCAAUCAG